AUGUGGCAGCUGCUACCAUCAACGGCUCUGCUGCUUCUAGUUUCAGCUGGCACGCAAGCUGAUCUCCCAAAGGCUGUGGUGCUCCUAGACCCUCAAUGGGACCGGGUGCUCAAGGAUGACCACGUGACUCUAAAGUGCCAGGGGGACUACGCUCCUGGAGACAAUUCCACACGGUGGUGGCUCAAUGGGACUCUCAUCCCAAACCACGCCUCCAGUUACCUCAUCACAGAUGCCAAAGUUGAGGAUAGUGGAGACUACAAGUGUCAGACAGGCCUCUCCACACUCAGCGACCCGGUGAAGCUAAAAGUCUACGUGGGCUGGCUGUUGCUCCAGGCCCCUCGGUGGGUGGUCCAGGAGGGGGAGCCCAUUCAGCUGAAGUGUCACAGUUGGAAGAAAACUACUGUACAAAAGGUUCAAUUUUUCCAGAAUGGCCAAGGCAAGCAGUUUUCUUAUCAGAAUUCUGACUUCUACAUUCCAGAAGCAAAACUUGAACACAGUGGCUCCUAUUUCUGCAGGGGGAUUAUCGGGAGUAAAAACGAGUCUUCAGAGGCUGUGAACAUCACUGUUCAAGUGGACACGGGGCUGUAUUUUUCAAUGAAGAGAGACCUUCGAAACUCAAAGCAGGACUGGAGGAAUGGCAAAGUCACAUGGACUCAGGGCCCUCAGGGCAAAUGA